AUGUCGAACAAUCUCAUCUGCGCAGCCGUCUCGGUUUCGUCAAUCCUCGUUGUUGGGUAUAUUACAGCUGGUUUGCUCAUUUUUGUUGACUUUCGGACUUUCUAUUCUUCCGCUUUAGAUGACGUGGCAGAAUUCAAUCGUUUUGCAACUGAAGCUUGGGAUGAUAUGAUAGAAAUCAAUCGAUCAGUUGUUAGACAAAAAAGAAGUGGUGAAUCGAAAUGUGGUUGCAUGAACAAAGUGAACAACUGUCCUGCCGGACCGACUGGACCUCCUGGAGAACCUGGAGCACCUGGAGAUGAUGGAUGGAAUGGAGAUGCAGGACAACCUGGACCUGAUUUCCCACUUUUCGAUCAAUCGUUAAUUUAUCAGAGACCUCCAUGCAUUCGGUGCCCAGCGGGAGAACCAGGACCACCAGGACCUGAUGGAGAACCAGGAGAACAGGGACCACCAGGAGCUCCAGGAGUCGACAAUUAUGAGGUUGGAAAAGAUGGAUUACCAGGAGUUGAAGGAGAACCAGGAGAUGCUGGAGCACCAGGGGAAGAUGGAGAACCUGGAAUGGUUGGAGCUCCAGGAGCAAGCGGAACACGUGGAAUCGGAAUGCCAGGAGCACCAGGAGCUCCUGGAAUGGCUGGAAUUGAAGGACUUCCAGGGAAAGAUGGCGAACCUGGAAUUCCAGGACCAGAAGGAGAAGAAGGACCAACUGGAGAGCCAGGUUUGGAUGGUGAGCAGGGAACGGAAGGAGAGCCAGGACCGGAAGGACCACCAGGAUCCCCUGGACCAGAUGCAGCCUACUGUAGUUGCCCACUUCGUUCUGCUCGUCUCUUGUUCUAA